GGCGGCUCGAGUGCUGGUUUUCGGAAACAAAAUAAAACAUAGCAAAAUUCUUCAAAGAUUUGUUACCUACGCAGCUGUAAAUUCAAGGAGUGCAUCGAUAACAAAUCCAUGUGCAUACAGGUGGAUUUCAAGAGUAAACGAAAAUGUUUUGGGUCACAAAAUUUGUAUAAGUUCUGCAGUGAGCAAAAAUUUCGCGAGAUGCAUGUCAAAUGCGAGUUCAGAGAAGAAAAAAGAGASUAGCGACRGUAGCGUAUUUAGUGACUUGAUGGAAGCAAAGGAACAACCACAGACGCAACUAACAGUUGGUGCAAAAGUUGUCCAGGCAGGGAAAGACGUCACGUAUUUUGGUAUCAUUCUUGUUGGCUUUGCUGUCACUGGUGCCCUAAUCUGGUAUGUAUUCAGUGAACUAUUCCUUGGUUUCAGUCCAAAUACUGUGUAUUCAUACGCCUUAAAACAAGUACUUGCAAACAGUGAGGUUGUUGAAGAGCUGGGUGAACCUAUAAUGGGACAUGGUGAGACCACUCGUCGAGGAAGAAGACGUCAUGUU